AUGGCUGGCAUAAAUCAUGACCCAAAAGCCAGGAAAGUCGAUCUCUUUGAUCUUGUUGUCCUCCAUAGACCCCCCACUGAUCAAAAAAAUUAUGUGAAUAAUAAGAUUAUCAAGUCACAUGGACAUACCCCACUUAGGACACCACCUUAUAUGUGUGAACUAAAUCCUAUAGAAUUGGCAUGGGCAAAGGUUAAAUAUAUCAUAAGAAGCAGAAAUAUCACGGGAAAUUUUUCCUUAACCACCUUAAAACAAAUUACUGAGGAAGCAAUUUUAUUAAUUUCUAGGGAAGAUUGGCAAAAAUUUUCCCAACAUGUUAGAGGUGUUGAAGAUAAAUUUUGGCAAACAGAGGAGAUUAUGGAGGAAAUUGAACUUAUAAUAAUUACUUUAUCCGCUAGUGAUGACGAUACCGAUGACAGUGACGAUGAUGACGAUGAUAUAAGUGAAGAGGAAGAUGAUUUUAAAAAUUAA